AUGGAUGGUAAAAUUUACACCCUCAAUAAGUGUUUGUUUUUAUUAAAUUAAAUGCAUGGAAUCAUCAAAACCGCAUAAAGAAUAGAACUGUUAAAUACUGCCCUAGUUUAUAGCAUUUAAUUAUUUGGUUCGCAAGAUUUUUUUUCGCAUUUAGUAGUGUUUAUUUGCAACUGUUGACGAGGAUUUUUUAAUAUUUUGUUUCUAUACAUACCUAAUUGCUUAAAGAAAAAUUAAAAUGACCAACCAACAGUCACCAGUUGAAGAACAGGAAAAGCUUCUUGAGGAAGCUCUUAACAUUGUCAAAGUUCAGGCUUUUCAGAUGAAGAGAUGUUUAGAUAAAUCCAAGUUAAUGGAUGCUUUAAAACAUGCAUCUACAAUGUUGGGGGAGCUACGUACAUCUCUCUUGUCACCUAAGAGUUAUUAUGAGCUAUAUAUGGCAAUAACCGAUGAGCUUCGUCAUUUAGAAUUAUAUCUUCUAGAGGAAUUCCAGAAAGGACGUAAGGUGGCUGAUUUGUAUGAACUAGUGCAAUAUGCUGGCAAUAUUGUACCACGUUUGUACCUGCUUAUUACAGUUGGAUUGGUCUACAUUAAGACUAAUAUUAACUUGAGGAGAGACCUAUUAAAGGACCUAGUGGAGAUGUGUCGUGGAGUACAACAUCCAUUACGAGGACUGUUCUUAAGGAACUAUCUGUUGCAAUGCACAAGAAACGUCCUACCUGAUACUAUUGAAGCACCUAAUGAUAAUGAAGGAACCGUGCGCGACGCAGUGGACUUUGUACUUAUGAACUUUGCAGAGAUGAAUAAGUUGUGGGUUCGAAUGCAACACCAGGGACAUUCAAGGGAUAAAGAACGUCGGGAGCGCGAACGUUCUGAGCUCCGUAUUUUGGUGGGCACCAAUCUAGUGAGACUGUCACAGCUGGAAUCUGUUGGCAUAGAGGAUUACAGGCGAAUGGUGCUUCCUGGUAUACUGGAGCAGGUCGUCAGUUGCAGGGAUGCCAUAGCCCAAGAGUAUCUGAUGGAGUGUAUUAUUCAGGUAUUCCCCGAUGAGUUUCACUUGGCAAACCUGCAGCCGUUUCUCAAAUCGUGUGCAGAGCUUCAACCUGGUGUUAACAUCAAGAAUAUCAUCAUUGCCCUUAUUGAGAGACUGGCGGCUUUCAGUCAGCGCAACGAGGGGACGGUGAAUCUUAGCGUAGUGUUGGAGGACGGCAAGCAAGAAGAAGUGCAGUUGUUUGAGGUGUUCUCGGACCAAGUGGCCGCCAUUACACAGAGUCGCAAUGAUAUGCCGCCAGAAGACAUGCUGUCUUUACAGUUGGCACUGUUGAAACUGGCACAGAAAUGCCACCCAGAUAAGUUGGCUUAUGUCGACAGAGUACUGGCCCACACCGACAGGAUUUGUGCUGACAUUUUGCAGACCAGUGGCAAAUCACAUUUGGAACACAACACAGCUGUGUUCAAAGAGCUGAUGAAGAUUCUCAAACUACCCGCGGAUCACUACAAGAAUAUCCUGACGCUGAUACAGUUGGAGCACUACUCGCCUCUCAUCAACCGUCUGAACCACCCGGGCAGGGUGAUGAUAUCCUUGCACCUGGUGAAUGAUGUCAUCGAGAGCGACACGACUGUGUCUACACCGGAAGAUGCUGAAGCUGUACUAUCGAUGGUAGACGUGCUGGUGAAAGAUCAACCUGACCAGCCGAGUGGAGAGCCUGAUCCUGAGGACUUUAUGGAGGAGCAGGGGUUACUCGCAAGACUGAUUCAUCACUUCAAGUCGGACGUCGCGCAGCAACAGUAUCAGAUAUUGAACGCGACGCGAAAAGCUCUUCAGAGCGGCGGCGCGAAACGCAUCCAACACACCUUACCGCCGGUCGUCUUCAAAGCGUACCAACUGGCUUUUGCGUACAAGGACCUCAAGGAGGAGGACUCGAUGUGGGAGAAGAAAUGCCAGAAGCUAUUCCAGUUUUGUCAUCAGACGAUCAGCCUGCUGGUGAAAGCGGAACUGGCUGAACUGCCAUUAAGAUUGUAUUUGCAAGGCGCGCUGGCCAUCAGCGAGCUUGGGUUCGCGAACCACGAGCCGAUAGCCUACGAGUACAUGUCACAGGCGUUCUCGCUGUACGAGGACGAAAUAUCGGACAGCAAGGCGCAGUUGGCCGCUAUCACACUCAUCAUAUCCACCUUCGAGCAGAUUAAUUGUUUCGGUGCCGAGAACGCAGAACCUUUACGUACACAAUGCGCACUUGCGGCCAGCAAACUUCUCAAGAAGCCGGACCAGUCGCGCGCCGUAGCUCUGUGCGCUCAUCUCUUCUGGAAGCCGCCAAAAGACGGGAAACAGUGGCCACUAAAUGAGGCUUCUCGGGCGCUAGAGUGCCUGAAGAAGGCGGCGAGGGUCGCUCAACAGUGCAUGGACGGCGGUGUUCAGGCGCAACUGCUGGCUGAACUACUGGGCCGUUAUGCUCUACUGCGGGAGAGAGGCAACCCUGCGCUCACCGCCAAUCUCAUCGAAGCGAUAAUACAAAAGAUUCGCGAGGAGCUGGCAAACCUUGACCAGUGCGAAGAGUUGGAGCGGACCACGAGGCAUUUCCACAACACGCUGCAGCAUCUCAAGAAUAGAGCGGACGGCAGCGACCCCGGGGUGGCUGGCGACAGUCUGGGGCUCUCAUAGGUGUGACCACUACACGGUAGUACGAAUCGAGGACUGUGGGAUGUGGUGUUGAGGCGUACGUCUCUAUGAUAACAGCACCUUAACACCCUAGUAUAUUAUAUAUAUUUAACCAUUGACGUACAAUAAACAAAUAGAUUCCCAAUCGCCUAUUAACAUUAAGUUAUAUAGACAUUAAAACAUUCAUUCAAAUUAUCAUCCUUAUUUCGUGGCAGUAAGGUUCAAAGUCUAUUGUAUACGCUUAAUAGAAGUAGUAACACUACUACACGCGCGAGAUGGACGCGAUCACGAGACAAGAACAUUUAAAAUUUAAUUUUUUAGCAAAAUUAUUAAAAACGUGAAGUCAGUUCCACAAUUUUGUUAAUUUAAAGAGCCACUUACCUGAAAUUCGUCACUCCAUCCUUUUUAUAUUUCGGUAUGCCGUUAAUUGUAUUGUUUUUCACUGAACACUUUGUCAUUGUGUGGCGUUGUAUUCAAAGCGCGGUCAUAACACAACGGAAUGAAAACUCUGCCUAUUAGACGCGUAGGCAGAGUUUUGCUAUAAACAGUUUUUGAGCGUGAUUGUGAGACUAGUUGUUUGUUGUACGUCACUGUAAUUAACAUUAUAUGAAAUCAACGUAUAUUAUUUUUCGUUAUUAUUUUAUAGAUGAAAUUUGUAAUGAGGGAUAUCUGCCAUUUUGUAUUCUAUGUCUACGCGUAUCUAAGAUUUUUAUAUUAUGGUACACUAUGUAAGAUAUAUGGAUUUCAUUUGUGUGAGAGAGAUUAAAUUAAUAAUGUGAAAAUAUAGCGCAUAAGCUGUUGAAAUUUAUUAUAAGAAUAUUAUAUUUAGUGAAAUAAAUGUUUUAUAUAAGAA